AGGAUUGUAUCCUUAAAUUAUAGUCAAGCGAUGGUUAUUUUUUAUGCAGAUUUAAACAACAUUUAAAAAAGUAAAGAAUGCUUUAAAAUUCUCUUUCUCGAUGUCUUUUGCAAUAAAGCAGAAAACAAUAUGCAGUAUUUAUAUAAUGACUCAAGCCUAUUAUUAUUAUUAUUAUUAUUAUUAUUAUUAUUGUCUAUAUUCAUUUUUUAUCUAUGCUUAACGUUAAAAUAUUUAACUCAAAUUUUUUAUGUUUCAGCCUAAGUUCUUUGUAUGUUUAUGUGAGUGAAAUAAUUGUUAUAUUUUAUGUCAUUUUCACUAAAAAUUACAAGUUUGAAGUUUUGUGGUGUUUUAAUCUAACAUAGUUUACUUCGCACCCAGGGAAAUGAAAUCCUUAACUGAAGUGGAUUACAAUUGGGUUUACACUUACAUUUUGCAAGAUGUCUAUUGUUACUCUAUUAAGAUUAUAAACAAUGUGUGUACGCAAAGCUCUUUUGUAUCUGGUUUUUACGUCAUUAAUGAAGUUUUCUUUGCAACAAAAGAAACCACAUAUUAUUAUGAUUGUUGCCGAUGAUUUGGGUUGGAAUGAUGUGAGUUUUCAUGGUUCCCAACAAAUCCCUACGCCAAACAUAGAUAAACUUGCACAAAGUGGAAUUAUUCUUAACAACUAUUAUGUUUUACCAAUUUGUACACCAACAAGGAGUGCAAUUAUGACUGGAAGAUAUCCCAUACAUACAGGUAUGCAACAUGGGGUCAUACAUGGGCCUAGUCCUUGGGGUGUUGAUUUAAACGAGACUUUCUUGCCAGAAUUGUUAAAAGCUCAAGGCUAUAGCACUCAUGCUAUUGGCAAAUGGCAUCUUGGAUUUUUUGCAAAAGAAUACACUCCAACAUACAGAGGCUUCGAUACAUUCUACGGAUAUUACAAUGGUAAAUCAGAUUAUUGGGAUCACUCGACUGAGUCAUUAUUUUGGGGAUUAGAUUUACAUGAAAAUGAAAAAGCUGUAUUUAAUCAAUGGGGAAAUUACAGUACAGAAAUAUUCACUACAGAAGCCGAAACCUGUAUAAAAAAUCACAACACAUCAGAACCUCUCUUUUUGUACUUGGCAUACCAAGCUGUGCACAGUGCUAAUCAACAUGACCCUCUACAAGCUCCUCAAAGUUGGAUUGACAAAUUCAAACAUAUAAGCGAUGAAAACCGAAGAAAAUAUGCAGCUAUGGUAGCAUAUAUGGAUUUUGGUGUGGGCAGAGUAUAUGAAGCGUUACUUCAGAAGGGCAUGCUUGAAAAUUCAAUUAUUGUUUUCACAAGUGAUAAUGGCGGACCUGCAAAUGGAUUUGAUUUAAAUUGGGCUAGUAAUUUCCCUCUAAGAGGAAUUAAACGAACUCUGUAUGAAGGAGGAGUGCGAGCAGCUGGCUUCAUCCAUAGUAAACUUCUGAAAAGUCCUGGAAGAGUUUCCAUGGAUCUAAUGCAUGUAACUGACUGGCUACCAACAUUUGUAAAUUUGGCUGGUGGAUCUGUCAAGCCUAACAAUCCACUUGAUGGUGUUAAUCAAUGGGAAACAUUACAGAAUAUGGUACCAUCUUCAAGAAAGGAAGUUCUCUUGAAUAUGGUAGAUAAUUCAACAGGUGCCCUAAGAAUGGGUGACUGGAAAAUAUUACUGGAAGUAAUGCCUCAAGGAAAGUAUUGGGAUGGUUGGUAUGCUCCUCCACAGGUCCAAAAUAAAGAGUUAGUUGAGAAAAUGUUUGUUGAUGCAUCUGUACAAUGUGGAGAAGUUCCAGAAAAUGUAACACACUGUACAAAGGAACAUGGAUAUUGUCUGUUUAACAUUAAGGAAGAUCCCUGUGAAUAUCACGACUUGUCAAAGGAAUAUCCUGACAUUUUUAAACAGAUGUUAUCAAGAUUGGAUGAAUACAGAAAGACCAUGGUUCCUCCCCGUAAUAAAAACAUUGUUGACCCGCUAUCGAAUCCUAAAUUGCAUAAUGGUGUGUGGCAGCCUUGGGUUAAAUUAAGUUAACUUCUCCCCAUGUUUUUCUUAAAUUUUUAUUUUUUAUUUUUUUUUAAAUCAAAUUACAUAAUCUUUAAUGUUUGAAUGCUAAAGCUUAUUUCAGUGCAGCAUUAUUGUGGCAGCAAAAAAAUAACUAGUAUGCCAUUUUAAUUAAAUUUAGAACUAAUACUGUUCUUAUACUUGAACACUUACACGGAUACAAAUGACAUAAUAGUUUGAAAACAAAAUGUUUUAAUUUGUUUCAUUCGUUUACUCUCUUGUACCAAAAUGUUUAAAUUCUAAAAUGAUCUUCUUCGCAUUGUAAUAUACAAUAGUUAUUCAGAUAUAUGCAUUAUUUUCUGUUUACAUUAGAACAUGUGCAUUCAAGAAAUUAUUAUGGAUUUAAAUGAAUCUGAAAAAAGUUUUUACAGAAAGUUUUUCAUCUUUAUUUUUUACCGUUUUAAUGUCAAACCUGUAUCUAUUUUUAGUAAGUUACUAAAAAUAGAAAUUUGUAGACUCAUGAAUUUGGAUAUAUAUCAAGUGUAAACACAGUUUUUACUGUUGUAAUUAUAUUAGAGCUAGGUUAUAUGACAGUUAUUAGGAAGCUAGAAAAAAAAUUUUAAUUUGUUUAAUAUUAAAACGAGAAUAAUUUAAUUUAUAAACCAUAGCAAUUUUAUAUGUGACAAUCCUGAGAUAAUUUAAUUGUAGAAUUUAAAAAUAAGUAAUAUAAAAAGAAAUAAUUGUGGUUGUGUGUCUCUGACUUUUGCAAAGUUACUAUAUUUUAUUUGUAAAACCCUGCUACAUUAGAUUCAUCAAUGACAUUACUGAAACAUUACACUUUUUUAAUUCCCUCUUUCAAAUUCCAUAGGUCCUUACAGACACUCUGGAACCAUUACUGAUUAUUCUCUUUAAGACUGAGUUAACCUGUUUUAGAAAAAAGGAUUUUUUGACGCCAUGAAAACCCUAACCUUUUGUCUCUAACUGUGUGUCAAAGCACACGAUGAUACUGUGCAUUAUUUUGAUCGGGAUUUUGGCAAGCCAUAAUGUUUGAGUUGAAUAUCUUUUCAUCUACCCAAGUAG